UGCCCUGAUCAUUGGUUUCUGAUUCCAAGUUGUGUGCCGGCUUGCCACGCGUCAGUUCAGAAAUAUUGUUCCACAAAGUUUCAAAAAGAGAAUUGAAAAUGUCCGUAAUCGCUGUGUUGGGUAAAUUCUGGCAAGAGUAUUCUAAGAACACGCCGAAGAAAUUGAAGAUCAUCGACGCCUAUUUAUUGUAUAUAUUCCUCACUGGCGUCAUCCAAUUCGUCUACUGUUGUCUUGUCGGAACUUUUCCGUUCAACAGUUUUCUCAGCGGUUUUAUUUCCUGUGUUUCAAGCUUCGUUCUUGGCGUUUGCCUGCGGCUGCAAGUAAACCCACAAAACAAAAGUCAAUUCCAUGGCAUCAGUCCGGAGAGAGGAUUUGCAGACUUCAUAUUUGCCCAUAUUAUCCUGCACAUCGUAGUGAUGAACUUCAUUGGGUGAAAAAAUUAUUCAAUUUACAUGAUUCUAUUCUUCAACAGUAAUCCUCAUCAUCAAUUCGAAUAAUUGUCAAAUAUGACAAUCGCCGAAUGAAUAAAAUUUCCUAAUAUUUACUGGUAA